GCACAAUAUGUUCCAAAUGCACACGUUAUUUAUUAAUAUAUACCGAAGUGUAUGAAGUGUCUAACCGCUAGUGAUACAGCGUCCAAAGGAGCACCAAUUUAAAGAUGUGGAGACGAGGCGGUCGUAGCAGCGCUCUGGACCGAGCUCAGGCGCUGCUGUCCGGGAAAAGAAGCAGCGGAGGAGACACCGAGUCAACACUGGAGCCAACAGCCAAAACAACCAUACAUACAGGUGCUGUAGGUGGGGUGCCUCCAAAUACACACACGUUAUUGUCAGACCUGAGUGACCUGUCUUCAGUCAGCUCUGCUUCUGAGCAUGGAGUUGACAUUGUGGGAUCUGUUGAUGCCAAGAAUCACCAGAGAAGAGAAGGAGAACCUACCACGGAUCACAGGCCUCAGAGCUCUCUGGGGGGAGGAUUAGGAGGAGGAGGAGGGGGGAGCAGGUUCUUGAAGAAGGCUCCACCACCUGUAACAAACAGCAGCCAGUCACCUGUAUACACGAGACAGAUGGAGCAGGUGCCUGAACACAGAUAUGUGUCUUCUUCCCAGCGUGGCUCCCAGACAGCUGCUUUGAGAAGACUCGUUCAAAUUGAGAACCGCAUCCGCAGUCGGAAGCAGGUUCAGGAACAGACAAGAGAGGGGCCAAUACCUGCCCACAAUCUAACCUCAGACAUGGGGUUUUCACCACCACCAGUAGUCGCCCAGUCCCUUGGGGCCCCUGUGCUGCUCUCAACACAGUCCAGCACUGAGGAGAGCCAGAAGGGGAAACGUUUCCUCAAGAGCAAGGUGGCUGUAGCUGUUGACAGUACUGAUACUGCAGCAGCUUCUGCUGGGUCUCCAAAAGGCCCAGAUGUUGCUUUCAGAUCCAGAUCCAGAGCUGCAUCAGUGCCUUCGGUGGGUUUGGAGUCAAAAUCAGUGAGACUAGUGAGGGGUGUGAGUCUGGAAAGUGAUGAAGAGGACAUGAGGAAACUGCUCGGAGACUCUUCAGAUUCAACAGACAACAGCUUAAGACAAGAGAGACCCUCUUCUAGGAGAACGGCAGACAAGAUGUCAAGCAGGAGCAGUCAGAGGCUCUACUCCACACCUCCUCCUCCUCCUGCUGCCAACACAGCACCGCCUCAUUCUCCCGCCUCUCCUGUUCGCCACAGUUCUCCUUUUCGAUUCACCGGCCAGGCUCAGGCCCACUUCAGCCCCUCUGUGCUGUCUCCGUCCCCUCCUCCCUCUGUCUCCCCAUCUCCUCACAGAGCUCAGAGUCCACCACAUUCCCUCUCCUCUAUGUCGGCUAAUGGAGAGGUACUCUCUCUGGAGGAGCUCUUCCCUGUUGGGCCUGGCUCCGAAGAUCCACACAGUGAGAUCAGUUUGGCUUCUUCUGAAGACUUCAAAAUUAAUGUGAUGACAUUAGACGACCUGGUCCCAGCUUCUCUUGGAUUCGCUGAGGAAACACCAGCAAAAGAGAAGCGAGACAAACACAGCAUCCCUGCUUCUAGAUCUCCAAACCGAUAUAAGCAGCUGCAGGGAUUGAAGGAGCAGGGAGAGGAACAAGAGAGUGAGGUGGACUACCGAAGUGACUUUGAGAGCGAGAGCAGGACGGAGCCAGAUUACAGCGCCAGCCAGGUUUCGGAGCACCUGCCAGGAGACGGAGAGGAAGAGGUCUUAUCAGAGGUCAGAGAGGAGGCAUCGGAGUCGGAUGCGUCUCGCGGGAGGACAGAAGACGAUUAUUCGAGCACUUUCACAGACUCACAGACUUCGGAUCGCAGUCAGAGAUCAUUGAGCAGAAGCAGAGACUCCAAAUCCUCCAGAUCCUCCAGAUCCUCCAGAUCCUCCAGAUCCUCCAGUUCCUCCAGAUCCUCAGUCUCACAUAGUGACCGGGAAUCAUCCCGUCUUUCAAGAAAGCGUACUCCAACUAGAAAAGAUUUAAAAGAGGCAGCGGUACAGACGCAGCUUUCCACAUGGUCAUCCGGUAUGGCUACUCUGGAUCCUACAGUGGGCAUGACCUACAUGAAUCCAACCCCAGUUACUGUGGAAGCUUUCAGCACCUUCAAUCCAGCUGCAUUCGCUCUCAAUGAAAUUCUAAAACAGCAUCUCACCAUGACGAGGCGUUUCAUUGAAAGCAGCCGCCAUCUGCACUCCAGCCUGCUGCGGAGCCUGGAGCCACCAAACUAUAGAUAUAUCACUCUGGAAGACACCAAGGAGUACAUCCGUAAGCACACACCUCCCAAACUGACAAUGGAGGAAGCAUUAGAGGAGGUGCUGCAGGAGAUGAAAGACUGCCAGUCUGUGUGAGCACCAGCACUGACUAUCCUGGAUCACACUUCUUAUUAAAAGAAUA